AUGCCCGUGCACGCAUUCUGGAUUUCGCCGGAGAUCUAUGACGUCCAUAUCACCCAAGCCGCUUUGAGUGGCGCGAGGGCCGCGGGCGAUAUCACGGUUAUAGAGCUGGCAUGGAAUGCAAGCUCUAGCACCCAGGCUGUCGAGGAAAGUUCUGUGGUCUUAUGCUCUUUGUAUCCAGGCAUGAGCGAUCAAGUCGUUCUCAACAUCUGGCUAGCUGCGCGACAAGAGUAUCGGAUUAAGGCCAGUGGCAGGACCUCGGUUUCUUUGCUGGGCUACUACUGUGCCCCCGAUGCCCCGGGUUCAUCGCCUGGAUCUGGUUUACAUAUUGCCCAAGCAUUGACGACAGCAUCUGGGGCAGCGCCAGGACCGGUCCAGCAGCAUAAUAAGAACAAGCGUCCACGACUUGACGACGAUGGUUCGGAAACCAGCCGCUCUGCCGGUGCUUCGACGAGCACGGCAAUUGCGCCAGCUAAUUCCGCUGCGGGGGGCAGGACCAGUGGACUAGCCAAACCUGCUGCAAGUCUCUUGGGUUCCACAACCCGCGCUGUAUCAGACAGGGCAAGCGGACCAGCAGGAUCGGCGAGACCUAAUGCAACACUCCCCAAUCGCGACAACGUCGGACCUUCAAGUGCGCGCGAACGUGGCGAUGCACCCAAGCGCAGCGAUGUCGGCCCUUCGACGAGCGUGGGAGAACAGUCCUCCAACAGUUCGCGCGAGCGUAGCCACCCGUCUCAGAUGACCAAGGGACAGAAGUUGAACCCGGCCUCGUCUGCGACACGGAUGGAGCCACUCAACGUGACCCCCGGUGCCGGCGAUGGAUUGGCAUUCGGCGAUGUUGUUACUCUUUCAUUCACUGUCACUGUCCAGGACACAAACGCGGUCGUUAUAGACUGUCGGACGAACCCAAUGACGGUUACAAUGGGUCGAGAGCACGUAUUGCCGUACAUACAACACCAGAUGGUCGGCAUGAAGGAAGGGCAGCACGCGGUUUUCGUGACGCCGCCGCGUCUAGCAUUUGGAAAUGCGCCUCGCAAGAUGGGUGGUAACGUUGUGCCGCCUAAUUCGACUCUCAUCUGGGACAUAGAAAUCUGUGCCAUCCACCGGACGCCAUCUGAGGAUGGGCUCGGCGGAGGUAUGUAG